AUGCCUCGCGCCGAAGCCGGAAGCACCAAGGCGAUCAGCAACAAGAUGAAGUCGAAAGGCUUAGGCCGACUUCGCUGGUACUGUCAAGCCUGUGAAAAACAGUGCAACGACCAAAACGGAUUCAAGUGCCAUGUCAACAGCGAAAGCCACACGAGACAAAUGCUUCUGAUCGGCGAGAACUCCAAGAAACACAUUGAGGAUUUCAGUCGCGACUUUUUACGAAACUUCGUUGAAAUAUUGAGAACGACACAUGGUGAAAAGAAGAUCCAAAUUAAUCACUUCUACCAGCAAGUUAUUCAAGAUAAGAGCCAUAUCCAUAUGAACUCCACAAAGUGGUCAAGCCUGACGCAGUUCGCCUCAUACCUCGGACGGGAGGGUAUUUGCCGUGUGGAGGAAGGCGAAAAGGGCCUCUUCGUCUCAUGGAUCGAUAACAGCCCCGAAACCAUGCGCAAGCGCGAAGCCGUCAUGAAAAAAGAACGACAGGAUAAGGGUGACGAGGAGAGAGAACAGCAACAAAUCCAAGAACAGAUUGAGCGGGCCCAACGCACUGCAGCAGCCCACAAGACAGAAGAGGAACCGGAAGCGAAAUUAUUGCAGCGGAAGGAAGGCGAGAAGAUGAAGCUUGAUUUCGGAUUCGCAGCCAAGCCGAAGACAGAGUCCAAGGUACCAUCGCCUCCAACCACAACUGAGUCGCCCGAGACAAAGGAUUCGCCGACUGAUACCACUGAUACUCCUGCUCCGCCUGCAGAAGCUGCACCGCCCGCACCUAUCAAGGUGUCGAUGUCUAUGGGUGCUCAGAAGCAGAACGUGUUUGCUGCUGCUAAGAAGAACCCCUUGGCUGGAAAGAAGGGCUCUGUUUUCGCUCCUCCCAAGAAGAUGACUGAGCAAGAACGAAUCAUGAAGGCUGAGAUGGAGGCUUUGGAGCGCAAGCGGUCUCAUACCGGCUCUGUAUUCAACAACGCCAAGCGUCCCAAGGUCACUUGA